CAUGUAUGACCUGUGCUCAUCUUUUGUUUUUCAUAUUACAUUUUAAUCAAGUUUCCUCCAUUUCAGUUACUACUGAUUCAUAACAUUAUAAUAAAAAAGGAAACGAUCAACAAAAUACAAAUCGAAAUCAACAUUAGAAAUAUAUAAUAGACAACCAUGUCUGAGCGAGAGGCGCAAGAAUUGGUUGCAAAGGCCGACAAGAAGGCCACAUCUUCUUCAUGGUUUUUCAGCUCAACAUCAAAGUAUGAAGAGGCAGCAGAGCUCUAUACCAAAGCAGGCAAUAUCUACAAGAUGGCCAAACGAUGGAAAGAAUCUGGCGACACUUUUUGCAAGGCAGCCGAGAUGCAACUCAAGAUGGGUGAGAAGGAUGAAGCCGCCAAUACGUUUAUCAAUGCUUCCAAGUCAUACAAGAAGUCGAGUCCACAAGAUGCCAUCAUGUCUUUGGAACAGGCUAUUCUAAUCUUGACAGAAAGAGGCCGUUUCCAAUCAGCGGCCAAGCAUCAGGAAGAUAUUGGCAGCAUUUAUGAGUCUGAGCUCAUUGACCUUGAACAGGCCAUGCGUGCAUAUGAGACUGCAGCAGACUGGUAUGCAGGAGAAUCAUCGACAGCUUUGUCACACAAGUGCAUGCUCAAGGUGGCUACAUUUGCUGCUCAAUUAGGACAAUACGAGAAGGCAAUUGAGAAGUUUGAGGGAGUUGCUAGUGCAAGCCUGGAUAACCAACUCAUGAAGUGGUCUUUGAAGGAAUACUUUCUUAAGGCAGGACUCUGUCAUAUUGCUACUGGCGACUCUGUAUCCGCACAUAAUGCGGUUGAGCGCUACUGCGACAUGGAUGUCACCUUCUCAUCAACUAGAGAAUGUCAAUUCUUACAGAGUAUUCUGACAGCUGUGGAUAAUAGUGAUGUCAAUCAAUUUACAGCAAGUGUUGUGGAGUUUGAUCAGUUGACAAAGCUAGACAAUUGGAAGACCAAAAUCUUGCUUGAGAUCAAAAAUGGCAUAGGAAAGGAGUCGAGCUUGAUUUAAAGUAAUAGAAAUAAGACAAGAAUAGGGAA